UUCAAUACUACACAUAUCUUUAAUGGCUUCAACACUUCCAUCAACCAUUUAUUCAAACAACACAUACUAUUCCAAUGAAACCCUAAUCCCACCACAAGAAAUAAUCACUCAAUCAAAUAAUAAAAAUCAUACACAUUAUAGUCUUGCAAUGUGGCUAGGUCAAGAAGAUUAUUUUUUACCAUUUUCAAAUAGUUUUGAAAAUUUUGACAAUUUAUUUGUCUCGGAUAAUACCAAUAAUCAUAAUAUUGAUCGUUCAUCAAAUUCUAAUUCCAUAGCGGAUGUGCCAAGCUUUGGAUUAAUAGGAUUGGAUUACUAUAAUUCAUCAUCUUGUUUUACUUAUGAUGAUCAAUUUGAGACCAAUAAUGUUUGUAGUAAGAUGCAAAAUCAUGUCUUAUGUACUAACAAUUUUGUGGCCUCUCCUCAUGAGUGUCGGGGACAUGAAGGGCACACGUCUCAAGUUCAAGUGUGUGGAUCAGAACAGAGUAGUGAGAGUAGCAUAAGUAUCAUCAAUAAAGUGGGAAGAUACUCUGUGGAAGAAAGAAAGCAUAGGAUUCGUCGUUAUCUCAACAAGAGAAAUCAAAGAAACUUUCGCAAAACUAUUAAGUAUGCAUGUCGUAAAACAUUAGCUGAUAGAAGGGUUCGAAUUCGAGGUCGAUUCGCUAAAAACCAAGAACAUGAACAAGAACAACAAGAAGAAGAUCAAUCAUACACAAAUUUUGACAAUCCCACAACUCAGGAAGAUACCCAUUUAUUACCAUUUGAUAAUGCUUUUAAUAAGGCAUGCAUGCAGCAUGAAGAUAUAGAAUGUGGUGAAGAAUGGGUGGAAGAAGCAAUGUCAAGCUUACUAUACAUGCCUUACAUCUCAAGUAAUUGGGAAUGCCAUGCAUAAUAUAUUAAUAUAUAUGAUCAUAUAAUUAGUAGAUCAUAUUAGUAAUAUCUAAUGUAAUGA